UUUCAGGGGACUGAGUCAGCAGCUGCAGUCUGCUCCCCUCAACUUCCGCGGAUCGACUCCAGCUCCACAGACCUCAGCGCUUCUCUCAGUUUCUCACAUGGAUCCGAGCCGCUUUCAUUUACAGUAAGAAGCGUGUUUUUUGUCGGAAGAAUAAAACGGCAGCAGAGAGGAGAGACGUGGCCGGAGCUCCGUGAGCCGCUGAGAUCGUUUCCCCUCGAGGCUUCAUGUCCGUCAGAAUCUCAGCCAUGAGCGUUCUUCCUCCUGUUCGAAGGGACCGAAUCAUCGCUCAGCUCCCUCAGUCUUUCAGGAAAGAGGCAGCUCUUCACACUAAAGACGAUUUCAACAACAAAGUGAAGACGGCCUGUCAGGAGCAGCGGACCGGCACUGUGGGCAGGUUUAAAAUCUCGAAGGUCAUCGUGGUGGGGGAUCUAGCGGUGGGGAAAACCUGCCUCAUUAAUAGAUUUUGCAAGGAUGCUUUCGAUAAGAACUACAAAGCAACAAUCGGCGUCGACUUUGAGAUGGAGCGCUUCGAGGUGCUGGGUGUUCCCUUCAGCCUGCAGCUGUGGGACACUGCAGGCCAAGAGAGGUUCAAGUGUAUUGCAUCGACGUACUACAGAGGAGCCCAGGUCGUGAUUAUCGUGUUUGAUGUAAACGAUGUUGCCUCUUUGGGCCAUACAAGGCAGUGGCUCGAAGACGCCUUGAAGGAGAACGACCCCACCAGCGUUCAGCUGUUCCUGGUGGGCACAAAGAAAGACCUGAGUUCUCCUGCUCAGUAUUCCCAGAUUGAACAAGAUGCCCUCAAAAUAGCAAAAGAGAUCCAUGCAGAGUACUGGGCCGUUUCAUCGCUGACAGGUGAAAACGUGAAAGAGUUCUUCUUUCGAGUGGCUUCGUUGGCGUUUGAGACCAACGUUCUCGCUGAGUUGGAGAAAAGUGGAUCGAGGCAAAUCGGAGACGUCGUCAGAAUUAACAGCAAUUCAAACAACGUGUACGCGGCGUCUAAGAAGAAACAGCCCAGCUGCUGUCAGUAAGGAUGGUAGCAGCAGUUUACGGACUCAAAAUGAGGAUUUUUCUCAGCGGAAAAUGGCCGUGGCUGCUGUCCAGCCCAGAGGGAAGGAUUUCUGUGGUCGGAGGAGCAAGAGGAGGGAGGGCACAUCUUUUAAAUUCAGUUUUUCCUGGCCUAGAAACACUUUUCCUCCGUGGGAUGUGUACAGAUUCUUGUGGCGUUGCUCAGUUUAACUUGUCUGGAGUUAAAGAACGACGCAGGAAUUACACACUGAAUGACUGGUGCUGGCGAGGAGCCAAAGAAUGACUGCAGAUUCUUACUUUACUUUGGGGGCUUGAAUUAAAUCUUCAGUUCUGCUGCUGUAAUUUGUUUUACAAUCAAGAUUUUUUUCCUUAUAUUAAUAUACAGUUUGUGUUAAAUGACUGUUUUACUUGGUACUUUGCUUUUCUCUUACUAUUGUAUGUCAGAAGUCCAACAUUUUUUGUCGUCUUCAUUUGAAGCAGUAUUUACAGUUAACCGCUAAUUAUCUACAAGCUGUAAGCAGAGAUAUUUGGGAGCACUUAAAGAUGAGGAGAGAAUUUUGGAAAAAUUACUGUAAGAUGUUUUUUUUUUGUUUUUUUUUCAGGAUUUUCUGUCUUGUUCAUCAUCUCUCUGUCUUUCAGAUUCAUCUUUUGACCCAUGUGGGGUUCCUGAACCCCAUUUGUAAUAUAGAUGCUUUAUAGGUUUCUUUUUAGUUGAUGUUUUCAAUCAAAUCAAUGACUGAAAUUGAUCAUUUUCAUAUCAAAACUGAAGUAGUGUGCAUUUAGCUUUUAUUGUGUUUAAAAUUUUUCUAAUGGUACAUUUUACAAAGAUAUUAAAAAAAAGAAAAUAAAUCAUCAUAAA